AUGCCGAGAAAUCUAUCUCAAACACCCCCAUUUAAUGGUUAUGUGACAAUGGAGAAUGCAAAUUUUCCAAGUGGUGGUGUACCUGAAUUUCCCGAAUUUUCAACACAACUAACUAUUGGUGGCAUGAUAGUUUCUAAUGAAGUCGCUCCAAAUUCACUGGAUUCAACUCCUAAGAGCAGGAAAACUCAGCAACCAGCAUGGAACACUGAACAAAAUUUGGUGCUAAUUAGUGGGUGGAUUAAAUUUGGAACAAGCAGUGUUGUCGGGAGAAACCAGAAAGGUGAAACAUAUUGGGGUAAAAUUGAUGAGUAUUGUAAUGAGCAUUGCUCAUUCGAUCCUCCGCGUGAUGGACCUGCAUGCCGAAACCGUUUUAAUUAUAUGAACAAAAUGUUGGGUAAAUGGAUUGGCGCUUAUGAUGGCGCUAAGCGUAUGCAAGGAAGUGGUUGGUCGGAGAAUGAUGUUUUGGCAAAAGCGCAGGAAUUAUAUGCAUGUGGGAAGAAUGUUAGAUUCACUUUAAUGGAAGAAUGGCACGCUCUCCGUGAUCAACCACGUUAUGGUAGUCAAGUAGGAGGAAAUAUUGGCUCAGGAAGUAGUGGAUCUAAGAGAUCUCGCGAGAGUGAUGCAUGUGGCUCAAACACUGUAGAAUCCAGUGCUUAUCCUAUAGGAAGGGAGGCAGCUAAAAAAAAGGGUAAAAAGAAAAGCAAGAAAUAUGCCUCGGAGGUGGUGGACAAAGAAUGGGCUGAAUACAAAGAAUUCAAGACGAAAGAGCUUGAACGAUUGGACAACAUAGCCUUGAUGCAACAACAGGCUAACAAUAUAGCCUUGGAAAAGACUAAAACUAAGAAAAUGAAGAUGUAUCUAAAGCUAACUUCCGAAGAGCAUCUAGAUGACCGGAAGAAACAGCUGUUGAAAAAGUUGGAGGCAGAACUGUUUGAUAAUUAA